UCAGACUGGAGAAGGAGCCGCUGGAUGAGGAAGAUCCCGGAGGAACACCCGAAACUCUCACUGUAAGAUGGAGUUUGAUAAAGAGGAUCGUGAAGACACGAAUGACUCUGAAUCAUGCGGAACUACAGAUGAAGAAACUGAGGAGGAAGAAGAUCUGAUGGAAGAGGAAAGUGAAGAACUCAGUGUAGAUGAAAGUGAAGAAUUGAGUGAAGAGGAAAGUGAGGAACUCGGUGAAGAGGAACUUCAGAAAUCUGAGAAUUUCAAAACUGGACAAAAAUCUAAAAAGAAUGUGUCACAAAAAAGAGCUCGAAGAACAGGAGCUAGAAAGGCAUACACCUGCCGUCUGUGUGGAAAGAGUCUCACAACUAAAGCAAGCCUCAAGGAUCACACAAUGAUUCACACUGGAGAGACGCCUUUCCCAUGCAGUCACUGUGGAAAAGGGUUUAGAUACAAAGUAGCCCUUAAAGAACACAUACGGAUUCACACUGGAGAGAAGCCUUUCACAUGCAGUCACUGUGGGAAGAGUUUCAGACACAGAACAAGUCUUAAGGGCCACACAAAAACUCACACCGGAGAGAAGCCUUUCACAUGCCCGCAGUGUGGGAAGAGUUUUGCCAUUAAACAAAGCUUUACUAAUCACUUAAAAUCUCACUCCAGUGAGAAGCCUUUCUUCUGUUUUCACUGUGGAAAAGCUUUUAAACGGCAGGAACUCCUGAAAAUGCACGAGAGCGUUCACAGCGAAGUGAAAGUGCAGAAAGUGAAGCCGUAUCACUGCGCUCAGUGUCAUAAAAGUUUCGUAAAGAAUAGAGAUUUUCAAAGACAUUUAAAAUCAUCCAGGCAUAAUAAAUACAGGUCUCUAGAAAGAUUCAUGCUGCAAGCUCAAGCCUCGGGUCAUGGUUUGCCCUCAGGAGCAAAUGUGUCCCAAAAGAGCAAUAUAAUAGAGUCAUUCACUAAAACACAUUACCUGCAGUGAGAAAGGCAGUACAGGGACAUGAAUGUAUUGGUUCAGAAUAUAAACACGUCUGGUGACGUGAAGGGAUGCUAAUCUUUAGUGUUCAGGAGUAACAACCGUCACGUAUAGUUUGUGUUGUUUUAGUUUAGUCUUCUUACCUGUGUUUAGUUUUCAUAGUUACUCAUUUGUUAAUUGAUGAGCCUCACCUGUUCUUGUUUUAUCCCUCAUUUAUUCUGUUUUCAUCUAUAUGGUUUGGUUUACUGUACUGCAUUUUUCCAGUGUUCCUGAGGGUUUUCAUUUAAUAAAUACCACUUAGUCCAAGACAAGGAGAUCUAGAGACAAACUGUGAAAACAACACUUUUUAAAUAAAUGAAAUGAGUAUAUCCCUAUAUAUUAACAUGUAUAUCCUGAACAAUUAAAUGUCCAUAAUCAAAAUUGUUUGAAAAGGGAUGUACUGAGAACUAAAAAUACCUGCUUGUAAUAUUAAGAGCCUAAAAGAGUGUGCUAAGAUGUUGGACGCUAAACCAGUCAAUUCCCAAAAUGUUGAUGAAAACAUCAAAAUGUAGUUUUUGGUCAUUACAGUAUUUUGUGUACUUUGAAAGUUUUUAUUACAGAUUUUGAUUAAUGUGUAGUGUAUCAUGAUGGUGUUUUAUAAGAUUAUCAUACUAGAAAAUAGCAAAAUAUUGUAUAUUUACUGAUUUAUUUGAAUACAUCAGACACGUGUAUCCC